CAGAUACACAAUAGGUCAGUUAACCCUUAAUACCCAACAAAACCUGAUACUUACCAGCACUUUCCGACACGAUCCAGAACACAGUCGGUUUUCGCGAAUUGUUCGACCAACAGGUUCUACCCUCCGUUCCGUGCAGCCCGGUUGGCAGGUAUCAGACAGUUAAAGCUAAUUAGUAUUUCCGGAAAAGUGAUUUUUUCAUAAACCUUUUUCCGGACGCAAGAUCCAUAACGUCGACGUUGAACGCUGUUCAGGUGUGCUUCCGCUGCUGUGAGUGAUAAUUGUGUGCCCAAUCCUGUUGCAUGAAGGAAAACGGGAAAAAAUCUCGUCAUUUUAAUCACGCGGAAAGCGGACCAGCAAACUGAUUAACUGCUAUCUAUCAGUCUUUCGCAGUCCCAGGAUAGCGACGCGGCUGAGUACAUUAGGAAUCACAACACCACAACCGACACCGCAGCAAUGGAUUUCGACGAGUAUCGCAAGCGAGGCAAAGAAAUGGUCGACUACAUCGCCGACUAUCUGCAGAACAUCCGCGAGCGGCGCGUCCUGCCCGACGUCAAGCCCGGCUACAUGUCCAACCUGUUGCCGGAGUCGGCUCCCCUCGAGGGUGAACCCUGGCAGGCGAUAUUCGACGACGUCGAGCGGGUAAUAAUGCCGGGCGUAACGCACUGGCAGAGCCCACACAUGCAUGCCUACUUUCCGGCGCUCAACUCUUUCCCAUCGCUGCUCGGCGACAUGCUGGCCGAUGCCAUAAAUUGCCUGGGAUUUACAUGGGCAUCAUCACCCGCAUGCACCGAGCUGGAAUCAAUUGUGAUGAACUGGUUGGGCAAAAUGAUUGGCCUGCCGGACGACUUCCUGCACAUACCGGGCGUCAGCAAGGGCGGUGGGGUAAUCCAAACGACGGCCAGCGAAGCAACGCUGGUUUGUCUUCUGGCGGGACGAACGCAAGCCAUCAGAAAGUUCCACGAACACAGCCCUGGUCAGCAGGAUGCAGAAAUCAACGCCCGGCUGGUGGCGUACUGCUCGGACCAGGCUCACUCCAGCGUCGAGAAGGCGGCCCUAAUCGGAUUGGUGCGGAUGCGAUUCAUUGAAGCUGAUGAGAACCUCAGUUUAAGUGGCCGGGCCCUGGAGGAAGCCAUCGAGGAGGACAUCAAGCAGGGGUUGAUUCCGUUCUGGGUCUGCGCCACCCUGGGAACCACCGGGGCGUGCGCCUUUGACAACCUGUCCGAGGUGGGUGACGUAUGCCUGAAGUACAAACUCUGGCUGCACGUGGACGCCGCCUACGCCGGCAGCGCAUUCAUCUGUCCGGAGUUUCGCGUCUGGUUGAAGGGCAUCGCCAAGGCGGACUCGAUCGCCUUCAAUCCGUCCAAGUGGCUGAUGGUUCACUUCGAUUGCACUACGAUGUGGGUUAAGAACAGUGGGGCACUUCAUAGGACUUUCAACGUAGAACCCUUGUAUCUUCAACAUGAAAACUCUGGUAUGGCGAUCGAUUACAUGCACUGGCAAAUCCCACUAAGCAAACGCUUUCGAGCGUUGAAGUUAUGGUUCGUGAUACGUAACUACGGGAUCAAAGGUCUUCAGAAGCAUAUCCGCGAAGGAGUUCGUUUAGCACAAAAGUUCGAAGCUCUAGUCCUGGCUGAUCACCGGUUUGAAAUUCCAGCUGCGAGGUACUUGGGCAUGGUUGUGUUUAGGAUCAAGGGCGAGAAUGAGCUGACGGAGAAGCUUCUUAAACGGCUGAACCAUCGUGGCAACCAACAUGCUGUUCCAGCGUCCCUGAAAGGGAAAUACGUCAUUCGGUUCACCGUGACUUCGACCUACACUUCAAACGAGGAUAUCUUGAAAGAUUGGAACGAAAUCAAGGUGGUUACGAGUGAACUGCUACAGGAACUGGACGUGAAGAUCGUGGACAGAAGAGUUCCGCUAAAAGAUACUCGCGAGAAGAACGAAGCGUUCGGAUCGAGUCUUCUGUUGGCCAACUCCCCAAUGUCGCCCAAGAUCGUGAACGGAUCGUUUGCUGCGAUUUUCGACGCGGACGAAUUUCUGGCCAAAGUUUACGCCGGGAUUCGAAUUUCGAACCAAGACUCGCCAGCGAUGCGGCGUCGCGUCCGAGGGAUUCUCAUGUCCGGCAAGCAGUUCUCGCUGGACUCCCGAAUGGAUCUGGUCGUGCAGGGAAUCAGCCCGAGCGAGGUCAAGAACGGGAUCGAAUCCAAAGCGAUCACCGAAGACAGCGAAGAGGUUUGGGAAGCUUGUGAGCAGAUGGAAGUUGCAGACCAAGACAUCCUCCUGGAGAACCUCGAGUCCCACUUUCUGCUACCGAUUCCGCUGCCCUGCUCGACACCACCCUCGACCCCGCGCCGUCAACUCCGCUCGCAAAGUGUGGAUGUCGGCAUGAUUCGUGCCCAAAUUAACCGGAGCAGCGCGCUCUACAAUAGUAACUACCUGACCGUACCAACCACUUGCACCAAAUCGGAGCCAUACUGCUCCACAAAUUCACUGGACCUGAUCUCCACCGCUUCCUCGUUGGUUUCAGACGUCGUCAAUUCGGCCAGGACAUCAUUCGAAUCCAAUCUGGGUUCAAUCGAUGAAAAUGGAACCGAUUUGCUGAAGUUUUCCAAGCGUCGGUGUGCGGAAGACAACUCCCAUCUAUUCUCACUAUCCAAGCCGAAUUUGUUUCCGGAGAAACGGGCAUCCGAGCCCACCAUUCGAUGUGCGUUCUAUAACAGAAGUUUCGAUGUACUCUGUCCGAAGCAGCCGGCGAAACGGGUUCUGUCGCAGAAUGACCUUCCGAGGAAACCCUUCCGGCGACAGAUUUCGACGAUCCACGAGUUGAUCGGUGACGAAGCCGUUUUGGACGGGGACCCGGACUGGAAGAAGCGGAAUCUGAUGGUCGCACCCAAGUUCCAAUGUUGCAUCUCGGACGAGGACGGACGGUGCAUUAACUUCGAUCCGGUGUUUCAUACGCAUGAGGAGAAGGAUCUGAGCGAGGAGGAUGAGACGGGGAAUGUGCUGGCGUUUGAGGAGAACUUCGUGGAUAGGAUAGAGCAGGUUUGUCCACAGCGGGAAGGUUUGGAUUUGGAUAGUAUCGAGGAACAUGGGACGGGGGAGGACGAGGAAGAAUGGGAGGAGGAUGUGAAUUGGGGGAGUAUGAGGAAGAGCUACUGUGACGAUGAGGUUAUUUAUGAAAAUGUUAAGAUUUGUCGGAAGUGUGGACACCAUACGGUCAGGUUAUAGCGUAGUGUAUUUGCUGAAAAUAGUUGUUGUAUUCAGUUUUGUAAGAGCUUCAAUGGUAGGAAUAAUAAUGUUAAUCCGAGAAAUAGUGUCAAAGUUGUAAGUUGAAAGAACGUGCUGACAGUAGUCUCCAAAAGGUUUACGGUGAGUUUAUAGUUUAGUCACGAACUUGAUUCCUGACCAAGAGAAACUAAUGAAUGCAGAAUCAUUUAUGAAGACCAAACUUGGGCGACUAGAGUUAAAAUGUGAAAUCAAGGAUAGAAUCAAACAUAAAGGCAAACCAAAUUCCGUAAAAGUUCUUAAAUUUCACUUACGUUAUGUAAAUGUCUUUGCUCAACAAAGAGUCCUGAACAAAAUUUACAUAAUAAACACUUUUCCGGGAAGUAGUCAAGUGCUACCGAUCAAA